AAUGAGCAGGAGUAGUGAGCGGCCCUUAGCCCAGUCGCAGUUCCGCCACCCAGAGAAGGAGCUGAGAGCGGCUGUAGGGGUAGUGGCGGUGGUGGAAGAGAGUGCGGCUUAGCUGGAUUGGACAUGGCGGCUACAACCGUCUCCACCCAGAGGGGCCCGGUUUUCAUUGGAGAGUUGCCACAGGAUUUCCUUCGUAUUGUACCAACUCAGCAACAGCAGCAAGUACAACUUGAUGCGCAGGCAGCUCAACAAUUACAAUUUGGAACUAGCAUGGCUACUGUGGGUCGAUUGAGCAUCACUGUGGUACAGGCAAAACUGGCAAAAAACUAUGGGAUGACACGUAUGGAUCCUUACUGCAGAAUACGUCUUGGAUAUGCAGUAUAUGAGACACCUACAGCACAUAAUGGAGCAAAAAACCCAAGAUGGAACAAAGUCAUUCAGUGUACUGUGCCACCUGGCGUUGAUUCAUUUUACUUAGAGAUAUUUGAUGAGCGGGCUUUUUCCAUGGAUGAUAGAAUUGCUUGGACUCAUAUAACUAUCCCAGAACUACUAAAAGAAGGCAAAGUAGUGGAUGAGUGGUACAGCCUUAGCGGAAGGCAAGGUGAUGAUAAAGAAGGAAUGAUCAACCUUGUUAUGUCUUAUGCAACAUUGCCACCAAACAUGUUGGUGCAGCCACAGCCAGUAGUGUUAAUGCCCACUGUGUACCAACAGGGACUAGGAUACAUGCCUAUUACAGGGCUUGAGUAUUUUGCUUUGGGAGUGCCAACAGUCUAUACACAAGGAAUGAUUCCAGUUGCAGCACCAACACAGGUAUCUGCUCCACAAAAUCUGUACAGUGAGGAAGAUCUCAAAUCCAUCCAGGAUAUGUUCCCUAACAUGGACAGAGAAGUGAUCCGUUCAGUGCUGGAAGCACAGAGAGGCAACAAAGAUGCAGCAAUUAAUUCUUUGCUCCAGAUCAAUGAAGAAUCUUAGGAAUAUGUGCAGUCAUUGUCCAUAUUGCCAAGGGCCAUAAUAACUGAUGUAUCUCUGCAACAAAGACUUUGAGCUUUCUCUGUCAAUCUUUCUUGUUUGCAUAUGCACAUGUCCGAUAAACAACACAUUGUACAAAGUUUGUAACUGUAUUAAACAUAGAGUUCUGUAAUCGAAGUGCAUAUGCUUAAGUUCAGAAAGGCUGCUAAAUUCAUAUCUUGAGGUUAUAUACUAAUUUGUCCCACUGAGCUUAGUUAAACUUCAUGCUUACGUCCUUGAAGUACGUCUGUUGUGGAUUUGAUGGCAUUUAAUGCUGAUUGUCCACCUGUCAAGUGCUUUGAAAAUUGUCUUUUCUUAGAGUUUAUUAAAAAUGUGCAUUAAUUGGAA